AUGGACUCACGGGUGUCGGAGCUGUUCGGGGGUUGCUGCCGGCCGGUAGGCUGUGGGGCGGGUGGCGGGCUGCGCGGGCGCGGAGGGGCCGCGCCCGUUGGCGGCAGCAGCGGCUCGAAGGCGAAGAAGAAGAAUGGGCGGAGCCGGGGGGGCAAGGCCAACAACCCGCCGUACCUGCCGCCCGAGGCAGAAGAUGGGAACAUCGAGUACAAGCUAAAGCUAGUGAACCCCUCGCAGUAUCGCUUUGAGCACCUGGUGACACAGAUGAAGUGGCGACUACAGGAAGGCCGAGGUGAGGCUGUCUAUCAGAUCGGUGUGGAGGACAACGGGCUGCUGGUGGGCCUCUCAGAGGAGGAGAUGCGUGCCUCGCUCAAGACGCUGCGCCGUAUGGCGGAGAAGGUUGGGGCUGACAUUACGGUGCUGAGAGAGAGGGAAGUUGAUUACGACAGUGAUGUUCCAAGGAAGAUAACAGAGGUGCUUGUCCGAAAGGUGCCUGACAACCAGCAGUUCUUAGACCUCCGAGUAGCUGUGCUGGGGAAUGUGGACUCAGGGAAGUCAACUCUGUUGGGUGUCCUAACACAAGGAGAGCUGGACAACGGGCGGGGCAGAGCACGACUCAACCUUUUCCGGCAUCUUCAUGAAAUCCAGUCAGGAAGAACAUCGAGCAUCAGCUUUGAGAUCCUUGGCUUCAACAGCAAAGGAGAGGUGGUAAAUUACAGUGACUCCCGAACAGCAGAAGAAAUCUGUGAGAGUUCUUCCAAAAUGAUCACUUUCAUUGACUUGGCUGGUCACCACAAGUAUCUGAAAACAACUAUCUUUGGCCUCACCAGCUACUGCCCAGACUUUGCUAUGCUGGUGGUUAGUGCCAACACUGGCAUUGCAGGCACAACACGAGAGCACUUGGGUUUGGCCAUGGCCCUCAAGGUCCCCUUCUUCAUUGUCAUAAGCAAAGUUGAUUUGUGUUCAAAAGCCACCGUGGAAAGGACAGUGAAGCAGCUGGAGCGAAUCCUGAAGCAGCCAGGCUGCAACAAGCUUCCCCUGCUUGUGAACUCAGAUGAUGAUGCUGUUACAGCAGCACAACAGUUUGCACAGUCUCCCAACAUCACCCCAAUCUUCACACUGUCCAGCGUUUCUGGGGAGAACCUGGAUCUCUUAAAAGUCUUCCUCAACGUCCUCCCUCCACUAACCAACAGUAAAGAGCAGGAAGAACUAAUGCAGCAACUCACAGAGUUUCAGGUAGAUGAAAUUUAUACUGUGCCGGAGGUGGGGACAGUUGUAGGAGGAACUCUGUCAAGUGGGAUCUGUCGAGAAGGGGAGAAUCUAGUUGUGGGUCCCACUGAUGAUGGGAAGUUCCUGCGGCUGAAAGUGUGCAGCAUCCAGCGCAACCGCUCUGCCUGCCGCGUGCUGCGGGCUGGGCAGGCAGCCACACUGGCCCUUGGACCCUUUGACCGUGCCCUGCUGCGUAAGGGCAUGGUCAUGGUGAGCCCGGAAAUGAACCCCACCAUCUGUUCAGUGUUUGAAGCCGAGAUAGUGCUGUUGUUCCAUGCUACAACUUUCCGGAAGGGGUUUCAGGUGACGGUGCAUGUGGGGAAUGUGCGACAGACUGCUAUCGUGGAGAAGAUCCAUGGGAAGGACAAGCUGCGGACAGGAGAGAAGGCAGUCGUCCGUUUCAGGUUCAUCAAGCAUCCUGAAUACUUGAAGAUUGGAGCCAAGCUGCUUUUCCGUGAAGGAGUCACCAAAGGCAUUGGGCAUGUCACUGAUCUCCAAGCCAUUACCACCAAAGAAAAUGGUCUGGAGGAGUCCCUGGGGCCUGGACAGCUGAGUUUCUGACUAACACUAGGUCAGAUAGAUCUCCACUCACCAGCAACAGGGGAGAAGGAUGGAAGCUCUUGUGGCUCUCUGAGCAGUGCCUGGAGCUGCUGCUGUCACAUCAUAGCAUGAGUUUCCCUCCUCUGCACUGUAAGAUGGAGCCUAGGAGAGGUUCUUGCAUCCAGUGCCAUACGUGGGGCAAGUUAAGCAUGUUCUCCAUGUUGUCUGCAGCUCUUGUUACCCUGCUCUCAUUCAGAAUAUAUCUGAGGCACUUGGCAGACCUGAGCAGGCAAGUUGUGGCUUUGUUUUGAAAAUUAUUGGUUGGGAGAAGCAGAACUCUUGAAGACUAGCAUGGAAGGGGAUGUUUUUCCAUCUCUGACACAACAUCUAGUCACAUUUCUGCUCUCUGAGCACUGGGUUGUUAACAGUUCUCUCUGGAGUCAUCCCUCUGGGCAGGGGAUGGAAGAGGCCAUGCUACCCACAGCAGGGGCUUGGCUGAAUCUCUCAAAAUUCAUUCAGGACACUUUUUAACCAUUUUAAUCUUGGUUGGCUUUAAUCUGCUGUGUCCAUUUGCGUGUUGAUUUUGUAUUACUCCUAUCCGAGUGUCUUAUUGUUGGGCAAGUGUCCUGUUCCCCACUUGUCUGUGCAUGCUCCUCCAGCAUUCCACUUUAUGACUUCUGGGAAGCUGUAGCUCCUCUAAGUGGCAUAGCCUCCCAAAGUAAUGGCAUGAAGGCAGAGCUUGCACUUGCAUCUGUUCCUCGCAGUAGCUGGGCAGGAGGCCAUUCUUUGGAGUUGAGUGGGGCCUGGAUCUGUGCUGGCAUGUGCAGGUUGUUUCUAUGGAUGUUUGGCUGCAGGUGUCACCUGCAGGCAGCAGUGGUUUGCAGUGGGCUCCCUGGUGUGGCUAUUCCAGGGCCUAGCCUAGCUUGCUCCUCACAUGCUUGCCUUAAUGUGUGAGGAGGACAGACUCUGUUACUAAAGCAGAACCAGAUGAGUUCUAUUGUUUAGAUGUGAUUUGACAGUGGCAUGAUGUUUAUUUCUCUUUCUCCUCAAGAAAGACGUGGUUUCUUUCCCUUGCCACUGGGGUUUGUUGUCAGAGGAAAGCUGGUGUUGCCAGCAAGGACUCUGUGCACAAAAGAGUGGAGCACUUCUGUCUCCCACUCAUUGUCAUGCAGCUCCCAUGUGUGACUGUGGUGCUGCAGGGGCUGGAUAGCUGUACAUAAGCUUUUGGGUUUAUUGUUGACUGUUAGAUCAAAUGCGUCAGCUGCGGGCAACAGGCAUUCAGCCAGCCCUGGUGCGUAGUAUGGUGGCCUGCCAUCCCUGACCAAAGUGAAGGGUGAGGGCCUGUGAUAGCACUUAAGAUGCCCAAACAUCCCUUCCAUGCUCAGGGCAGGUUCUGCCUCUGGGCGCCUGGCACAGGCAGUGCCUGCAGCACCAAGUGGCCUGUGCUGAUCUGUGGCCGUCAUGAAGUGGCACCCCACUGGGCUGGGCUCUAGCAGGUGGGGAGGGGGUGCUGCACCCUGCAAAGACCGUGCUGAGGUAUGGGGAAGCUGAUGACAUGGUGGUAUUAGUGAAGGGAUUCAGACCCAGCUCAACAGUGAUUUGUCCCUUGUGGGGAGCACUGGCCCAGCUGAAAAUCUGCUUCUUCCCCAUCAGCCCAGCAGUGAGACAGCAGCUUCUGGCUCAGGGUCACUGCCCUCUUUGUUCCCGUCCUGGCAGUAGUCUGGGUGUUACAGCCUUUCACCCAUACCUGCAAGGACAGACCCAACUGCCAGCAGGCCCUUCCCUUUGGUUCUAGUGGGUCACAAAGAAAGCUGCAUGGGGGAUGGAGGGGACUCCAGCUGUUUGCAGUAGUCCUGGUGUUUUCUGCACCAAAACGGGCAUGGGGUGCUGUGACCUCUGAAACAGCUGAGGGCUGGUCUCACCUCAUACCUGCCAUCUGUGGCAUGACUGUUCUUGGUGCCAUGCUCUUCAUAAUUGCUGUUGUGUUGUCUUGAAUUUUUCUAAUGCUAGGGCUUGUCCCUGUUGCCCAAGCAUCUAUAUAUAAAUGU